ACCGACACUGUCGGGUUCUGGUCGCUUCUUCUUCCUUGUCGCCCAAGACAAAAUACAAAUAUAUAUAUAUAUAUAUAUAUAUAAUUCAAUUCAAGCAACUCCCUCUCUCUUGUGGCCAAAAAAAAAAAAUAGAAAAAUAGAAAAACAACUCUCUCUCUCUAUUGAGGAAGAUCGAGGAAAACCUCAGCCCAGGGAGCUUCUUGAGCAUCAAGGACGGCUUCUCGUCUCUGAUUCUUCUGCAGAUUAUAAAUUGAAGCAGAGUUCUGAAGACUUCAGCAAUGACGACGACGCCGCUGGUGGUCGGAGCGGCAGUGGCAGCUGCGGCCAUGAGCGGGAGAUUCUUGAUCGGAGCAUGGAAUGCUUUCAAGGCCCGCCCUCGGGUCCGGAGAUUUUAUCCUGGCGGGUUUCAGCCAGUCAUGACCCGGCGAGAAGCUGCUCUCGUCCUCGGAGUCAGGGAGCAUGCAGUGAUGGAGAAGAUCAAGGAGGCUCACCGGAGAGUGAUGGUGGCAAACCACCCGGAUGCCGGAGGAAGUCACUACCUAGCUUCCAAGAUCAAUGAGGCCAAGGACGUCUUGACAGGACGGACCAAAGCUUCGGGAUCCGCUUUCUAACCCCCUUAAAAUUCCAAGAUUCAAUUCUGCAAUUGCGCGCAACAGAAUGUACUUCCACCGUGGUCAUUCUCUCCUGCUAACGUGCCUUCUGCUUUGGUGUCCAAGGCCAUCUCUUGGGAUAUAUCAUUUUUUUCUUGGUGGUUUUGAUUGAUUAUAAUCGUGCAUCGAUAUCGGAUUUUACAAUGUUUGAUAAGAUCUACUGAUUACCAGUAGAGCAAGCAUCUACAAAAAAUUUGCAUAUGCAUCACAUCAAGGAUCAGUAAAUGUGUCGGUGUAAUCCAUCUAUAAAUUUAACGAAGCAUCGAACUUUUCUUACAGCAGCUAACUUUAGUAUCAAUAUUUUAGUGAUAUCAGAACUUCCGAACAAAGCAUUACGAUAGAAUAUAUAUAUAUAUAUAUAUAUAUAUAUAUAUAU